UACCUCCUAUCCUAUAUAAGGACUCAGCACAUUGCAUGUGAACUCCAAGACCAGACCAAAAGAAGAAGAAAACACAAACAUCAAUACCCUUAACUUCUAGCUUCCUUGUAAUCCCAAUGGAAUGCUUAAACAUGUUUAGCAACGACAGCCUCUACAACAACAUGGGUCCAAGAAUCUCAUUCUCAAAUGAUUUUGCUGAUCCUCAACACCCCAUCAACCUAGAAAACAGCUACAGAGAAGCACCUGCAUCCUCAGACUUUGAGUUUUCUGUCCCUAGUUACACUAUGAUUUCUGCUGAUGAGCUUUUCUGCAAGGGAAAGAUGCUGCCCUCGAGAGGGAACUGCGUAAAAACUCCCACUCUCAGAGAUCAGCUUCUUGCUGGAGACGAUGAUUGCGAGGAGAUUGGACCGUCGAGGUUAGCUAAAAGUACGGGGCGGUGGAGGGAGCGAUUAGGACUAAAGAGAUCACAUAGUAUUGUACCUAAGAAAGCGGGUAAGAAUAGCGAUGGAGGUUUAGAAAGAAUCGAUGAAAUGAAGAUCCCGGAAAUGGCUUAAGGUGAGGGGAUAGCCAGUGAGAAUUAGUUGAUUUUGGUGUAUAUUCAUUGGGGUUGGGGAGGAAGAUUUUUUAUGUUGUUGCUGCUGCUGUUGAUGUUAGAGAAUAUUGAUUUCAGGUUUGGACUAAUGUAGAGUGAAAGUCAGUUGUUGUUUUUGAUCCCUCUUCCUCAACUAUUAACCUGUGUACAAUGUAAAAUCUUUCUGAUUCAGUAGUUCGGUCUUGGCUUGACAUUGUAAGAAAAAAAUUGAACCUGGGUUGUAUUAA